GAACGACUCAUCCAAAACUGACACAGUAAUGUCCUGCUUUGAACAAAAGAAGAAGUGGCAGAGACAAUCCCCCUCUCCCUCCCUCCCUCCCUCCCUCUUCAAAAGCCGAGCACAGCAUGGGCGGUCUCCUUUUUAGAUCUCAGAAAGAGAAACAGCCUGCUCUCAUCCCACCAGAGAUGGAAGAAGAAUCUGGUCACAAUGCCUAGGAAUCCUCAUCUCAGGCUGCCUGCCCUUGUCACCGCUCAAACGCUGCUGCCAAAUACCGUCUGAUUCCCUUCUCUGGCCUAGCGAGCUAUUUCCUUGUUACUCCUGUCAUAGGGUUUCUUAAUUCGGAGGCCGGCAACCCCCAACAGAGUUGAUCAGAGGUUGUGGCCGGCAUUCGUUGAUGUAAUCUCGGCCUCCUGUCAGCCUCAUGUCUGACAUUUGAACCACCGAUCUGGUGUGUUCGAACAUCACCCUCUAACGACCUGCCUCCUGCCUUCAACAGCAACUCCUCGACGAUCCUUCGCCUCUGAAUUGAGGAUCAGAUUAGGUUAGGAUGCGUCCUUUGUUCAUGCUUCGGUUGGUUCUUGUUCCCUAAGUCGAGUGCUUGUUGCAGAUGGUUGUGGAUGUCUGAGGCGAGGAAUGGGGGCGGGUGGCGGGGAGGAGAUGGUGCCGUGGGAGAGGGCGGAGGAGAGCCUGGAGGUGGCGUCGGAGUCCGGCGGGGGUGGGAAGAUGGAGAAGAUAGUUGUUUCGGUGCGGCUGCGGCCCUUGAGCGAAAAGGAAGUGGCGGAGAACGAUCCGUCGGAUUGGGAGUGCAUCAACGACACCACCGUUAUUUUCAGGGAGAGCCUUUUGGAACGGUCCAUAAAUCCUACUGCUUAUACGUUUGACAAAGUAUUUCCAAGUGAUUGCACCACAAAGCAAGUAUACGAGGAAGGCGCUAAAGAAGUUGCUCUUUCUGUAGUUACUGGCAUUAACUCUACUGUUUUUGCUUAUGGGCAAACAUGCAGCGGGAAAACAUACACAAUGACUGGUAUAACUGAGUAUACCGCACAAGAUAUAUAUGAAUACAUACAUAAGCACGAGGAGAGAGCAUUUGUGCUGAAGUUUUCAGCAAUAGAGAUAUACAAUGAAGCUGUGAAAGAUCUACUCAGCACAGAUUCUGCUCCCCUUAGACUUUUAGACGAUCCAGAGAAAGGAACUGUAAUCGAAAAACUAACAGAGGAAACCUUAAGGGACUGGAACCACCUUAAGGCUCUCAUUUCUGUGUGUGAAGCUCAGAGAAAGAUUGGGGAGACCUCUCUAAAUGAAACAAGUUCCAGAUCUCAUCAAAUUCUUAGAUUGACUAUUGAAAGUUCUGCUAGGGAAUUUUUGGGCAAGGACAACUCAAGCACACUUGUGGCUAGUGUGAAUUUUGUUGAUCUGGGAGGGAGUGAACGUGCAUCCCAGGCAUUAUCUGCUGGUACUAGGCUGAAAGAGGGUUGCCACAUAAAUCGAAGCUUACUAACCCUUGGAACUGUUAUUCGCAAGUUGAGCAAGGGAAGAAAUGGGCACAUUCCAUAUCGGGAUUCAAAACUCACACGAAUAUUGCAACCAUCCUUGGGGGGUAAUGCAAGAACUGCUAUUAUUUGCACAAUGAGCCCUGCAAGAAGCCAUAUUGAGCAAUCCAGAAACACACUUCUAUUUGCAAGCUGUGCAAAAGAAGUAGCUACUAAUGCACAGGUAAAUAUAGUUAUGUCUGAUAAGGCAUUGGUUAAGCAGUUGCAGAAAGAAGUUGCCAGAUUGGAGUGCGAAUUGAGAUAUCCAGGAAUAUCUCCAAGGGUGGAAGCCUUGUUGAGAGAGAAGGAUGCUCAAAUCAAAAAGAUGGAGAAUGAGAUCAAGGAGUUGAUCAAGCAACGUGAUCUAGGUCAAUCUCGACAGGAGGGUUUGCUGGAAGUUGUUGGCAAGGAUCACUUCUCAAGCCAAUGGGGUGACUUGAGCCAAACGUCAUUACUCAAUUUACCUCAUUCAUGUGAUGAUUUGCUUUUGGUGUCUGAGCCUUUAGACAUUGCUGAUCACAGUCUAGAUUUUGCCUCCACACAAUUUGUGACAUCACACAAUCAGCACUACCUGCAAACACACAACCAGGAUGCUCUAUCACCAAGGCACUCAGUGGCAAAUCGCAAGUUUAUUGGGUCAACUGAAGAUCAAGGUGAGGAAGAGAUUGAUAAAAGCCUCUGUGAACGAUUUGAGGAAAAUUGUGAGGAAGUCAUCUGUAUUGAGAUGAAUGGGACAUGUAGAAGUGAAGAUUCAAGUUCCUUGUUAACUGAAGGAAGAAAUAGUCUUCAACACCCGAGUACAGUUUCCUCAGGACAUAUAGAUGGAAAUCAUAAAGCUGGGGAACGGAGGGAUCUGGGAUCACCAAGUGCUGAUCCCAUCACAUUGGAGCAACAUCUUCACAAUGUUAGGAAGACACUGAUAAGUCUUGUCAAGGAAUAUCCUGAUGAAUCAUCUCCAUUGUCCUCAUGGCAAGAUUCAAGCUUUAGAAGUUUUCCAUUGGGUAGAAGUAGAAGUUGUAGAUCAACACUCAUGAGCUCUUCAUCUUGGCUUCAAGAAGAUGGUACACCACCUAGCACAUCUCUAAAAGAAUUCCGUGGAAGGCCUGAAGGAUUUCAAAACAAACUAUUUUCUUCAAAUUUUGGUGCCAAAAUAAAAAAACUGUCAGCAAGGGUAUUUCAAAAUUCUGAAGAUAGCAAAUCUUUUGAUGCACAGAAACAAACAACUAGCAGAUUUGAUGAUUAUGUAGAGCCAGAGAUGGCUCAAGUUCAUCACCGGAAACAAUUUUUCAUUGAUCAGGGGACUGAACAGAAUGUAUUUGAAGACUUUGGAAAUGAGGGUACCACCAAGGAUAUUGGUCUGGAACCAACUCUAGAUGUGCUGCAAUCGCCUUCAGUAUGGUCUCUGGAGUUUGAGAAGAAGCAGCAAGAGAUAAUUAAGCUCUGGCAUGAUUGUAAUGUAUCCUUGGUUCACAGGACUUACUUUUACAUGCUCUUCAAAGGUGAUCCAACAGACUCGAUUUACAUGGAAGUGGAACUAAGGAGGCUAUCCUUUUUAAAGAGCAAUUUAUCUCUGGGAAAUGCUGAUAAAACAGCAGAACUCGGUCAGAGUUCCACAUAUGCGUCAAGUUUGAAAUUGCUACGGCGUGAAAGAGACAUGCUUUGCAGGGAGAUGCAGAAGAGUUUGUGUGCUGCUGAAAGAGAGAGCCUGUACAUAAAGUGGGGAAUUGCAUUGAGCUCGAAACAGAGAAGGCUACAGCUUGCUCGGAGCCUGUGGUCCGACCGCAAGGACCUGGAGCAUGUAAGAGAGAGUGCGUCUGUUGUGGCAAGAGUGAUAGGACUCUUUGAACAAGGGCAGGCCCUCAAGGAGAUGUUUGGGCUUACAUUCUCACCUCAACGAUCUAACCGCAGGUUCCACAAUUGGAUACAUGCGUUGUCCCAUCGGAAGUAAAAGGAACGUGCACCUUGGCCACUCAUUAUCUUCUGCAACAUGGAAUCAACGGAUAAUAUCUUCUUUUUCCUAACCUUUUUCACCACAUCAUGAUUCUUUAGCUUUGAUUUGAUAGACGAGGCUUAGUUGCAGUUAGCCAGCCAUCUAAUUACGAUGUAUGUUUAAUGCUAUUCUCUGCUGUUGCUUGUUCUUUCACCAGCAGCAGGUUUGUAAUGGUGCCCUGAGAACCGUGAAAAUGGUCUCCUUGUUUAGU